GUCCACUCCCAACUCAACCUACUCAGAUCACGAUUCAAUUUUGAAUGUUAUCGAGUUUUUAUAUUUUUUUAAUAUCAAAUGCAUAUAUAUAUAAAUAAGAUUAAUAUUUAUUUUUUUAUAUUUUUAAAUCUGGCAUUUUUUAAUCGAGUUGAGCUUGAACCUGCUACAAAAUCGAGUUGACUCAAUUAUGUCCCUUAACGCAUACAGCAUAUGGUUUGUUAAUAGCGUUAAAAGGAAAAGAUUGAAAUCCGUGAGGCAGCGACCCGUUUAAAGGAGUGAGCAAACAUGGGAGGUUGUUGUAUGUAUCUUUCCUUUUGAGUUGAGAUUAUAGUUUUGACACGUGUAUAAGACACCUCUUUCAACUCAGCUUCAUGUUUGUCUCUUUGGUGUUUUCCUCUUACGAAGCUCCAAAAAUCUCUGAACUUUUGUCUCCAUUAAUUGUUGGAGAGGAACGUUAACUUCAGCCAAAAAAGACCCAUUUGGAAGAGAUGUUGGAGUUCAGAUUUUAGCCUAGAUAUCUCGUAUCAUACACUUAAUCGAUAUUAAGAUCAAAAUAUGUGAUAAUGAUAAUUUAUAUUUAAAGAUAUGUGUUUCAUUCUCAUCAUGUUACGAGAUCAUUAUCCUCUACUCGAUCAUAAAAAAAUUGAUACUGACAAUUAACAAGCUGACUCGGCAUCUUGGGUUGGAUAUGGAAACUAGGCCCAACCGAGGCACAACGAGUUGGUCUUUCUUUUCCCGGCUUAGGAAAUGCUGCUGCUUUGGUUUUGGGACCCUGAAUGGGCCACCUUUGGUCAGCAUCAGGCACUAAGGCUAGCUUAUGCGGGACGGUGCAAAAACGUAGCUCAUCGCAAAGGACGAACUGCAACAGCUGUUCGAUUUUCUAAAUGUUUGUGUAUGAGCUGCGAAUUAGCAUUGAAGUUUGUUAAGUAAUGAUGGCGUUAUUCGUAUUUGGGGCAGUGUACUGUUAACAUAGAGAAUUAGCAAUGAUGGGUACUAGGGUUGCGUUUAAAUGGUCGAAAAAAAUCACUCCUUCCCAAGUGGUGCACUUAAUAAAAGCUGAGAAGAAUAUAGACGAGGCUCUUGCUAUAUUUGAUUCUGCAACAGCCGAGUAUGCCAAUGGUUUUUGUCAUGAUCACAGCACUUUUGGUGUUAUGAUCUCUAGAUUAGUUUCAGCGAACAAAUUUGGACCAGCUGAAGAUCUUCUUGAUAGAAUGAAGGUGGAAAAGUGUGAUAUAAGGGAAGCUAUAUUCCUUUCUAUCUGUAGAGGCUAUGGAAGGGUUCAUAGACCGUUGGAUGCCAUCAGGGUCUUUGAUAAGAUGAAGGAAUUCGGAUCUGAACCUAGUCAAAGAUCUUAUAUUACUGUGUUUGAUAUUCUCGUUGAAGAGAACCAGUUAAAGAUUGCUUUCAGGUUUUACAGGCAUAUGAGAGAAGUAGGUAUUCAAGCUAGUGUUGCCUCUCUCAAUAUUUUGAUCAAAGCACUCUGCAAGAACAGUGGAACCAUGGAUUCUGCUCUUCAUAUAUUUCGUGAGAUGCCUAAUCGUGGAUGUCCUCCAGACUUCUAUACUUAUGGGACUUUGAUUAAUGGGUUGUGUAGAUUUGGAAAGAUUACUGAAGCAAAGGAGCUAUUUCAAGAGAUGAAAACAAGAGAUUGUUCUCCUUCUGUUGUUACGUAUUCCUCCUUGAUACAUGGCUUGUGUCAGUCAAAGAAUAUAAAUGAAGCUAUGGGAUUGCUUGAAGAGAUGAAAAGCAAUAGUAUUAAGCCAAAUGUUUUUACUUACAGUUCUUUAAUGGAUGGUCUCUGCAAGGAUGGGCGUUCUUCAGAAGCCAUGGAACUACUGGAGACAAUGGUUAGCAAAUGUUGUAGACCGAACACGAUAACUUAUAGUACCUUAAUUCAUGGACUAUGUAAAGAAGGAAAGCUUCAAGAAGCUGUGGAGAUUCUUGACAGGAUGAAACUUCAAGGCUUGCAACCAGAUGCAGGGUUGUUUGGGAAGGUCAUAAGUGGGUUCUGCGAUGUUGACAAGUUUACGAAGGCUGCAAACUUCCUUGAUGAGAUGGUCUUAGGCAGGACCUUGCCAAACCGAUUAACUUGGAGUCUUCAUGUUAGGAUUUAUAAUAUGGUGGUCAGAGGCCUUUGUACCAAGAGUGAUUUGAGUCGAGCUUUCCUAUUGUAUCUAAGCAUGAGGACUAGGGGCAUCUCAGUUGAGGCUGGGACUUUUGAGACUCUUAUGAAAUCUUUCUGUGAGAAAGGAGACUUGCAAAAAGCUGCUCGAAUUGUUGAUGAAAUGUUGAUUGAUGGAUGUAUUCCAGAAGAGGGAGCAUGGGGUACGUUGGUCAGUGCAUUUUGGGAUCAAAGGAUGGUCCAAGAAACUGUUGAAUUGUUUGAGGUCGAGCUGAUGAGGGACUUUACUGCACCUGACUUAGAAAUUCAAGCUGAAGCCUUGUGAUUUGACAGGGGGAAACCAAUUCCAUGACGUGUGGUAGGGAAGACAACAAAUAACAUGCUGCAGAAGACACCUAUCCCAACUGGCAAUGCUGUGAGGAUUUCCUGACCCUGAUCUGAUGGUGUUGGGUAAAAGCAACUUACA